AUUUAAGCCACCAUUAGAAGACUGAGGAUUAAUACUCCUAGAGCAAAGGGUAGAAACAAGUCGAGUACAACAGUUCCUUCGGGAGUGUCAGGACUAGUUUAUUGACUGGCACUACGUCAUAAGUCCAUUCCCAAACCAGCAGGAGUCGAGCUCCCAGUUUCACUGUUGUCUCUGCUUAAGGAAGAGAUGAGCUGCUUGCACCAGGAGUCAGCCCGCGCACGGAGCCCAUCCCAGGAACACGCCUGGCCUCAGCACGAGCUGCGCAGAAGACUGACACCACCUCGCUAACCCCCUCCCUCUCACUUUCCCUCUCUCUCACUCUUUGCCUGUAGUUAUUUUUAGAUUUCACGGGUUAAAGCUUGUCCCUUCUGGACGCUUAUACUCACAGGGCAGGCACACACGCAUGCUGUAGAUACAACUCGGGCACGAGAGUUAGCCAACAGAUUAGCUUGUUCCGCAUCAGGGAAUAAAUUCUGAUUUCUUAUGACAAAAUACUGAUCUUUGAGAGGAUGCACAACGUGCUCAACCACAUGGAAUUUUGUUGCUUGCAAAUUUGACUAGGAGACUUUCAACAGAUAGAAAAAGCGGUUUACACAGCCACUUCCUCUUUUCUCAAAUUUCCUUCCAGUUUGCAAGAUCUUCCUUUCGUUCAGCCUUUGCUUUAAGCCUGAUUCCCAUGCCGUCUGCCAUAAAUGCAGCGGUGGCUCAGCAGACAGGCGCUGGGUCAGUUCCCAGCGCUACUCUUAGCACUACCACUGAAGGUGCGGGUGGGGGCACAGGGGGGAUUUAUUCUGCCAUUAUAAGUCGCAACCAGCCCAUUAUCAAAGUAAAAGAGAAGACCUAUGAAGAGCUUCACAAGAAGUGCCUGGAGAAAAACAUUCUCUAUGAAGAUCCUGAUUUCCCACCGAACGAGUCCUCCCUCUUCUAUAGCCAGAAAAUCCCCAUCAAGUUCGAAUGGAAAAGACCACGAGAAAUCUGUGAGAAUCCACGGUUUAUUAUCGGCGGAGCCAACAGAACAGAUAUCUGCCAAGGAGAAUUAGGUGACUGCUGGUUCCUGGCUGCCAUUGCUUGCCUGACACUGAAUAAAAAACUACUCUGUAGAGUCAUACCUCAUGACCAGUCCUUUAUACAAAACUACGCUGGCAUCUUUCACUUCCAGUUCUGGCGCUAUGGAGACUGGGUGGACGUCGUCAUUGAUGACUGCUUACCGACGUACAACAACCAGCUGGUCUUUACCAAGUCCUCCCAGCGCAAUGAGUUCUGGAGUGCCCUCCUGGAAAAGGCCUAUGCAAAACUCCAUGGAUCAUACGAAGCUUUGAAAGGAGGCAACACCACUGAAGCCAUGGAGGACUUCACUGGAGGAGUCACAGAGUUCUACGAGAUAAAGGAUGCCCCUAAAGAUAUCUAUAAAAUCAUGAAACAUGCCAUUGAUAGAGGAUCCCUCAUGGCCAGCUCCAUUGAUGAUAACCUAGGCUUUUCCUACGGAUCGGCUCCUCGGAGUGACAUUGGGGAACUGAUUGCUCGAAUGGUGAAGAAUCUAGAAAACGCACAGAUGACUCACUCCACUGUGGACUACCAGGGGACAGACGAAAGGCCGGCCUGGACCAUAAUGCCAAUGCAGUAUGAAACCCGGAUGUCUUGCGGGCUUGUCAAAGGUCAUGCCUACUCUGUCACGGCUGUGGAAGAGACAACAUACAAAGGGGAAAAAAUACGUCUGGUAAGGCUGAGAAACCCCUGGGGGCAGGUGGAAUGGAAUGGACCUUGGAGUGACAAGUCAGAGGAAUGGAACCUCAUUAACGAAGAAGAGAAAAUCCGCCUACAGCACAAAAUUGUGGAGGAUGGGGAGUUCUGGAUAUCAUUUGAAGAUUUCAUGAGGCACUUCACAAAACUUGAGAUCUGUAACCUCACACCUGAUACACUGGAAGCCGAUAAACUCCAGACCUGGACUGUGUCAGUCAACGAAGGGCGCUGGGUGAGAGGCUGCUCAGCUGGAGGUUGCCGCAAUUAUCCAGACACGUUUUGGACCAAUCCCCAGUAUCGCUUGAAGCUCCUGGAGGAAGAUGAUGACCCUGAGGAUGAAGAGGUUAUUUGCAGCUUUCUCGUCGCAUUGAUGCAGAAAAAUAGGAGGAAAGAACGCAAGCUGGGAGCCAACCUGUACACCAUUGGCUUUGCCAUCUACGAGAUGCAUGGUACUAAGCACCACUUGCAAAAGGAUUUUUUCCUCUACAAUGCCUCCAAAGCUAGAAGUAAGACCUAUAUAAACAUGCGAGAAAUCUCUGAGCGCUUCCGGCUACCUCCCAGCGAAUACGUUGUCAUCCCAUCGACAUAUGAACCUCACCAGGAGGGAGAAUUCAUCCUGAGGGUCUUCUCGGAGAAAAGAAGUCUUUCAGAGGAGGUUGAAAACAUGAUUGAGGCAGACCGUCCAUCGAAGAAGAAAAAGGGCAAGCCUAUCAUCUUUGUUUCCGACAGAGCAAACAGCAAUAAGGAGCUGACAGCAGAUGAAGAUGCUGGCAAAGAUGGUGAAAAAACCCAUGUGGAUGAGAAAAAGCGUCCUUCAGCAAAAGCUCGUGAGGGGAGUGAAGAGGAAAAACAGUUCAGGAAUAUUUUCCGACAGAUUGCAGGGGAUGACAUGGAGAUCAAUGCUGAAGAACUCAGGAAUGUUCUCAAUAACGUCGUAAAAAAACAUAAGGACCUAAAGACAGAAGGAUUUGAACUGGAAUCCUGCCGCAGCAUGAUCGCUUUGAUGGAUACAGACGGCUCAGGGAAGAUAAACUUCGAUGAGUUUCGACAUCUCUGGGACAAGAUUAAAAGCUGGCAGAAAAUUUUCAAGCGUUACGACACGGAUCAUUCAGGAACCAUUAACAGCUACGAGAUGCGCAAUGCAGUCAACGAUGCAGGGUUUCGGCUGAACAACCAGCUCUACGACAUCAUCACCAUGCGCUACGCCGACAAGAACAUGAACAUCGACUUUGACAGCUUCAUCUGCUGCUUUGUGCGCCUGGACGCCAUGUUCAGGGCAUUCCACGCCUUUGAUAAAGAUGGAGACGGCAUCAUUAAGCUCAAUGUCCUGGAGUGGCUGCAGCUCACGAUGUACGCGUAACACCAGAGCCAGCACCAACUUUCCUCAAGGAAAACACUCAAGACUUCUGUUUUUAGUAACUGUUUUGAAAGCAUUUCCUUAUUACGUGCUUCACUCAGCGAGAUAAACAGCGCAUGGGAAGAAUUGCUUGGAAAAAGAGAUAUCCAUAGUCCAGCAGGCAAACCAGUGUGCAUAUUCUGUAACUACUUUUAUAACUUCCUACCAUUUUCCUUCAGGCAACAAGGGUUAAUUUAUUGAUGACUGAAUUAAGCUUUUUCUGCAUGGUAACGACAUGGAGCAUGUGUCAUUAUUCUGCUUAUGCUGACAACUGGAAAAGUCUUCCCUCAAGUCAGGCAAAACUGGGACUGUAUCUGAACUGUGAAAGUCGGAGGUGUUUACUACCACCUUGUAAUUAGUCAUUAACUCUGUCCUGCUUUUGAUACUAUCGUUUCAGCCUCUUCAUAAUGUUGACUGAAUAUUUCACAUGAGAUUGUGCUAGAUUACAUUAAUAUUAUGCAUCCUAAUCACUUACGUUGUUAUAGAUGUGGCUGUGCAGGUUGGCUCGCUGCUAUGCUAGACACGUGGAAGUAAAGCACAACAGACCGCAAUACCUAGGUACAGAGGAGUCUUGUAUCAGAACCGAGCAAUUUGCUCUCAUUUUUAGUAGCCGCGUAGUAUCUUCAUGUGUAAGUACAAUUAGUUUAAUUGAACCGAAAAUAAAAUCAACUGGAUUUUGGCCUAAUCUUUAGGGUUGGUUUUGGGUUUUAUUUUGAAAGAACAGAGGAUGAUGAAACGUUGAGCACCCUUCCAUCAUUCUCCUGAAUAUAGAACAACUUUUGGAGUUUUAUGGCAAGCGUGAAAUCACCUUCGUAUCUCAAACGCUUGCUAGUUUGCUCCUUGAAUUAAAAAAAAAAAAAAAAAACAACAAAAACAAACCAAAAAAACAACCCACAGUUGAGAGGUUCCAUCGUUACCAGCUUUAAGGAUGACAGGCUUUCAGAACUGAGCAAUCAUUGAUCGAUAUAAAAAUGGAAGGUAAACCAAAAUGUGCAAGAAAAGGUGUGAAGAGAUCAGACUUUGUGAGGAGAACCUUCUACUUAGUUCUCCAGUGGUGAAAAGUAACAAAGCAAUCCACUAUUGUAAAGCAAAAUUGUAAAAACAAAUUUAACUGAAAGGUCACCAAGAAACAGAAAACCCUUUGACUAUGACGUUUUGAAUAUUGUCUUGGACUGUAACUUACUCUGGAAGAGUAAGAAAAUACUAUAGUUUAUCUGAAGAAGAGUUAUUCUCCUUUAAAUUCAACUUUUGUUUUAACCCGAAUAACAUUUUUAAGAUGACUUAAGAACACUAGAAGCCCUGGGUCCCAGCCAAGUGUUAUCUCCACUAAGCUAUUAUUUUCCAUACAAAAAAUUUGGCAGAGAUGCAAUGUGCAGAGAAAAACAAAAUCUGUCUGUCAAAAGAUCAAAAUCAGGAUUUUUGAUUGGUAACUCAAAACUGGUCCUUAAAGUCCUGGUGGGUGAACUACCAACAGCUCUAGAGAACUUCCCUUUCCAACGGGCCAUGAAACAAGGGAGUUGGUACAUUGUCUUGGCAGCUUGAGCUGGGUGGACAGUUUCCAUCUUCCCUGCCGAACGACUAGGUCUGAGAUUCCUGCACACUGGGAGCGGAAACUUGCAACUUUCCUGCCAGUGCCAGAGCUUCAAAG